AUGCAAGCUGCAGACUCCACCCCCGCGGGCCCCGGCGCCACCCGAAUGAGCUCCUUCUCAAAAACCUCGAUGAACGGCGACUCGACUGGCUUCUCGCACGGAGCGUUCCACUCGAAUCAGCCCUCCAUCACCGGCUACGGCGAUCGACACCCUCAGAGGAACCUGCCCAGCAUCUCCACCGGCAGACUAGGCGGCCUCAACCAGACCGGCGCAGACAUGCAGACUCCUGGCACCGCCUUCGACAUGAACUUCACCCCGCUGCUGCCCUCGCAGCUGCUGCUGGGCUCGCCCUUCCAGCCUGGCUCGCCCAACGCCUUCGGCUCACCCCAGUUCCAGAACUUCUCCAGCUUCCAGAACGGCGGCCCCCAGCAGCAGCCGCAGCAGCCCCAGAUGGGCAGCCCCAUCCAGGCCCCCAUGUCGCCCCAGCUCUACCAGAGCAUGAUGUCGCCCACCGGCAUCAACCCGCCGUCCUUCUUCGCCGGGCCCCAGUCGCCGACCGGAGCCUUCCCCAGCCUUGCCAACCAGGCCCUGGGCGGCCUGGGUUCGCAGAUGCACAUGGCUCCCGGCCUGGUCUCGGGUACGAGCAGGACCGUGUACCUGGGCAACAUUCCGCCGGAGACGACCGCUGAGGAGAUUCUGGGACACGUGAGGAGCGGCCAGAUCGAGUCGGUCAGGCUCCUGCCCGACAAGAACUGCGCCUUCAUCUCCUUCCUCGACAGCAGCUCUGCCACCCACUUCCACUCUGACGCAAUCUUGAAAAAGUUGUCAAUCAGGGGCCAGGACAUCAAGAUCGGCUGGGGCAAGCCUUCGCAGGUCCCCACCUCUGUCGCUCUUGCCGUCCAGCAGUCGGGUGCGUCCAGGAACGUGUACCUGGGGAACUUGCCCGAGGAUGUCACCGAGGAGGAGCUCCGCGAGGAUCUGGGCAAGUUUGGGCCCAUCGAUACCGUCAAGAUUGUGAGGGAGAAGGCGAUUGGCUUCGUCCAUUUCCUGUCGAUCGGAAACGCUAUCAAGGCCGUUGCCCAGCUCCCCCAGGAGCCCAAGUGGCAGCCGCCGCGUCGCGUCUACUACGGCAAGGACCGUUGUGCCUACGUCUCGAAGACGCAGCAGCAGAACGCGGCGCAGUACCUUGGCAUUGCGCCCGGCUAUGCCCACGUCCUCAACGGCGCUGACCGGGAUUUGAUUUCGAAUGCUUUGGCUCAGCAAUCCGUUGCUGCAGCCGCUGUUGCGACAUCCGCUGGCGGUGCCAACAACCUGGGGAACCGGACCGUCUACCUUGGCAACAUCCACCCCGAAACGACCAUCGAGGAAAUCUGCAACGUCGUCAGGGGCGGUCUCCUCCACCAUAUCCGUUACAUUCCCGACAAGCACAUCUGCUUCGUUACUUUCAUCGACCCCACUUCCGCCGCUUCUUUCUACGCUCUCAGCCAGCUUCAGGGUCUGAUGAUCCACAACCGCCGCCUGAAGAUUGGCUGGGGCAAGCACUCGGGAGCCCUGCCCCCUGCGAUUGCGCUGGCCGUCAGCGGCGGCGCUUCCCGAAACGUCUACAUUGGCAACCUGGACGAAUCCUGGACCGAGGACCGCCUCCGCCAAGACUUUUCCGAGUAUGGCGAGAUUGAAUUGGUGAACACCCUGCGGGAGAAGAGCUGCGCAUUCGUGAACUUCACCAACAUUGCCAAUGCCAUCAAGGCGAUCGAGGCUGUCCGUCAGAAGGAGGAGUACAAGCGUUUCAAGGUCAACUUUGGCAAGGACCGCUGCGGCAACCCCCCUCGUCAGCUGCAGAACAUGCAGAACCAGCAGAACCAGCAGAACGGCGAGCUGCAGUCUCCGUCGCCGCUCAAUGGCAUGUCGCAGCCGAACAGAGGCCAGAACUCGAUUUCUCCCACCGGCUCCGGCAACUCGGGCGUGCAGGCUCCGACUCCGGCCAACAUCCUCUACCAGAGCCAGAACAACCCGCUCAUCAUGUACCUGCAGGCCCAGCAAUCGCAGCAGCAACAGCAGCCGCAGCCCCAGCAACAGUACCAACAGCAGCAGUCGAACCUGGACCCUUUCCCGAGCGCCCAGCAGCAACAGCAGCAGCAGUCGCAGCAGGGUUCGCAGCAGAGCCAGUUCCCUAGCCCCCAGGCUGCGUUCUAUGCCGCGGACAACGCCAACGCCACCCCGGCGCACACGUCCCAUCACGGCCCGAGCAGCUCCUUUAGCUUGACGAACGGUUCCGGACCUGCCUCCAACUCGGGGUCUGGCUCCACGACGAUCGGUGGCCUGCUUGCGCCUUCCAACAUUGGCAGGAGUGCGCAGCACGCCCGCGCCGUCAGCUUGCCUGUGUUCUCGCAGGGCCCCUUUGGACAGCCGUCGAGCGCGACGAGCCAGGGCCAGAGCCAGAACUUCGGCAGCUUGGCUAGCGGCCUGGGCGGCUUUGGCGCCGGCAACGGCUUUGGUCUUGCCAUCCAGGGUGAGGGCCACGGUGGCCUGCCCGGCUGGGCUGAGGAGGAGGCUGGUGCGAACUAA